CAAUUUUCAUGUUAAAAAAUAAAGAAAUUUGAUAAAAAAUCGAAAUAGGCGAUGCGAUGUUUUUGUCUCCCUUGAUCAUCUCUCGCAUCUCACUCACUCUUACGCACACAAGAACGUCGAAAAGCCCUUCGAUCGCGUUUUCUUAAUUAUUUCUGGACAAAUAAUACACAAAUCACAAUGAAUCAGCUCAAGGAGGACAUUGCGGAGCUCGUGAAAAAACACAACAAUGCAAUUUCCCUGACGAAACUGAUGCUGGACUACUUUGAUCUCUCGCAGAAGCAUCUUUACUUGGAGGUUAUGCAAGCGGGCUACGAAAGCAUUCCGCAUUUCCUCACAAAAUUCGACGAAUUCAGCGUGAAAUUGGGCACUUAUGAGACUUUUGACAUCCACAUGCGUCCCACGAACGAAAGUGAACAGGAAUUAUUUGGAAUUCCCAUCAAAGUUGAGAAACCCGAGCCAACUUCCUCAACCAGCAACGCCGUCAUGCGUUCCUAUUCGACGGUAAAAGAGGAAGAUCAACCGUCACACGCUCCGCAAGAGGCUUCGUCAGAGACACGAGACUCGGAAGCGAUUCCCACGACAGUCAAGAGACCCAAAAAAUUCCGUCGUCGUGUAAAUCGUUCCACUCCGCCGCCAUAUCGACCAACUGCGAAUCGAGCACGCACCGCAAACACCCCGCCCGACUACCAAAACAACUUUUUGUCGCAGUACUAUCAAAGUUACAGCAAUUUGACUCCGUUUGAUUAUCGCAAUUGGACUGGCGGGCAGCGAUAUUACAACGAUGCUCCGGAUACGACUUCGACAUCGCAACCGUACUACAUGUCGAACACUGUGAACCCCUGGACUACGUCAGUUUUGCCUUUUUCGUACAAUCCAACGAACAAUCCCGUGAAUUCUUAUUGGAAUUCCUCUUAUGACCAACAAAACAAACAACGUCGCAAUCGCUAUUGAGUAGAAAGCAAGACGUUCCUUAAUUUUUUAUACACUUGAAGUACUGUAGAAAUUAAAAAAUAAACUUGAUCA